CGUAGUUCUACUGUAGAGUCGGUAGCCUUCCCCGGGUUUGCCUUGACUGAUGAUAAAUUGGAUUGUCUUUCUUUAGAUCCCGAGCUAGAAGGAGACGGGUUCCUCCUUCUCUUCUCCAUUCCACUCCAUCCAGCAUUGAUUGAUUGAUCUUACCUUAGCUAAGACAACUUUUUUGAGUAAUUUCAUCCCCUCAUCGAUUGCGACAUCACCCCAGUUUGUUUGCCAAUUGUUUGUCCCUGCAGGGUCGCUCCAUGCACCGAGUUGGGACGAUUAUUGAACCUCAUCUUGUCCCAAAAUUGCGCCAUCUUCCAACGUCGCGGUCUCUUCGUUCGAUCACCACCCAGGCCGGCUAGCAGCGCAUUGCUGCCGUUGACGUGCUAGUCCCACAAUCUUUCUAUUUUUUGCUCCACCUCUUGCCUCUCCUUUUAUGGUUGCGUUAUUUGGCUGGAGUGUUUUGAGUUGAACGACUUGUGCGGCGGAAAAGUCAAUGAAUGUAUAGUAGUCAGAGGCACCUCAUUUCGGCGGCUUGUUGACCUCCCCCGCCCGCCUGACAUAAUUUCCUGCUCUGGAAAACAACAUUUCGCCUCACUUCUUGUUUGCACCUCAUACUAUUUGGUCGGAUCGAACGGAACCAGCUGGCCCUUAUUGUGUUGCAUCGCUGGACGGAUCUUAUACAGUAUACCGGUACAUCUUUUGGCACGCAAACAGCAGCACAACCCAUAUACCUGGAUCCUUGGCUUAUACCCUACCCUAGCGGCCUUCUUAUUCCUCUUCAUCUCGUUCUUCUCGUUGAACAAUCUGGUUUUCUUUUUUUUUCUUUUUUUUGGUUCUUUGUUUCAUUCUUCUCGGGAUUGACUUGGUAUCACUUGGGCUUGGUCUUUUACCAUUAGUCUGAUCUAUACCUCUUCGAAAUCACCUUAUUUGCCUCCGUCUGGCAUACUUCCAGCUACAGAUUGAACUUCAUUCACACUAGGCUCCAUCUGCUUACUGACCCAGUCGCCAUCAUGGCCCCGGACCUCAACUCAAUGCCGCCUUCGCCAAUGAAGGGCCAGGCACCUACCGCGGAAGCAGGACCAAGACUCAAUGGCAGCACCUCCAACGGCACGCGCCAGAAGCAACCCAAUAUCCUCUACAUCAUGGCGGACCAGCUGGCCGCACCGCUUCUCAAGAUGUACAACCCAGACUCGCAGAUCAAGACUCCUAAUCUCGACGCCCUAGCAGCGCAAUCAGUCCAGUUCGACAGUGCCUACUGUCCCUCACCACUCUGUGCCCCUUCCCGCAUGAGCAUGAUCACUGGCCUGCUGCCCAUGAAAAUUGGCGCUUACGACAACGCCGCACAAAUCCCCAGCGACAUCCCAACGUAUGCCCACUACCUACGCAUGCAUGGGUAUCAUACGGUCCUGGCAGGCAAGAUGCAUUUCAUUGGCGACCAGCUGCACGGCUACGAGACACGCUUGACCAGUGACAUCUACCCCGGCGAUUUUGGCUGGGCGGUGAACUGGGACGCGCCCGACACCAGGCUUGAGUGGUACCACAAUGCCAGUUCCAUCCUGCAGGCCGGUGUUUGUGUGCGCAGCAACCAACUCGACUAUGACGAGGAGGUUAUGUACCGGUCCAAGCAAUUCCUUUAUAAUCACGUCCGACAGGGUCCGGAUGCCCGCCCUUUCUGUUUGACGGUAUCUCUCACACACCCUCACGACCCUUACACAAUCGAAAAAAAGUACUGGGAUCUAUACGAGGAUGUGGAUAUUGCGCUCCCCAAGGUGCAGAUCCCCAAGGAGGAUCAGGAUCCGCACAGCAAGCGCCUGCUCAAAGUGUGCGAUCUGUGGGACCAGGAGUUCACGCCUGAACAGAUCAAGCGAGCUAGAAGAGCCUACUAUGGCGCUGUCAGUUAUGUGGACGACUGCAUUGGCAAGCUGUUAGACGUCGUAAAGGCGUGCGGGUUGGACGAUAACACUAUUGUGGUCUUUAGCGGCGACCAUGGCGACAUGCUGGGCGAGCGCGGUCUCUGGUACAAGAUGAGUUACUUCGAAAGCUCGGUUCGAGUGCCAUUGCUGGUGCGGCCGAGCGGCCGGGGUGAGUUUUUACCACACCGGGUCACACAGAAUGUGAGCACGUUGGACAUGCUCCCGACACUGUGUGAUCUGGUGGGCACCAAACCCCUGGCUGGGCUGCCCAUGGAUGGUAUUAGUCUACUCCCGCAUCUUCAGGGCCGCUCUGAGGAGGGUCAUGACACAGUUCUGGCCGAGUACACUGGCGAGGGCACAGUCGGCCCGCUGAUGAUGAUCCGUCGCGGGCCGUGGAAGUUUGUGACGUGCCCUGCGGAUGGACAGCAGUUGUUCAACUUGGCCGAAGAUCCGGACGAGGUGGUAGAUCUGGUCAAGGUGCUGGCCAAGAAGAAAGCGCAGAAUGGAGGAGGCACCAGCGAGUCACACGAGAGAAUCCAAUCUGUACUGGCAGCGUUCCGGACUGAGGCCGACAGCAUGUGGGAUUAUGCAGCCAUUACCGAGGAGGUGCUGAGUUCGCAGAGGAGACGAAGACUGGUGUGGGGUGCGCUGAAGAGGGGCAAAUUUACGAGCUGGGACUAUGAUCCAGUUGAUGAUGGACGGGAGAAGUACAUCCGAUCCCACAUGGACCUCGAUGACUUGGAGCGUAUGGCAAGAUACCCGCCCGUUGACGCCUAUGGGCGAGAGACUGCCACAAUCGUUACCGACCAGGCUGGAUCACACGGACAGUGAUCUCGUGGUGACUACGGCUAGUUGUGUGCCUUUCUUCUCUUGUCCAUAUUCUGUCGGUACAUCAUCGCGCAUCUUGAUCAUAGCAUGUUGCAACUUGCGUUGGUGGGAGGAGGGGGGCUUAAACUUUGAAGCGACGCAUUAUUGUUUUUAUUAUUCUUUUGCAGCAUGAUUCAGCACUGAUCGGCAUGAGGCGGACUUGGGUCUUUGGUUAUUUCUAGCGAUUUCUAGCGACCGCUCAACCGGGAUAAGGGACAAAAUUUACUGGAGGUACGAUAUAUAUAGACGGAAAAUUGUCCGACAACAAAUCUGUAACUAAGGGCAAACACUUUGUGACAGGGCCAGAUAAGAUAAGCAUUGACUAGA